AUGGGGGUUAAUCGGCAAGGUAUAAUAUAUGUAUGUAUAACUUGGUGGUGGUAUGCAAUCUCUGUGUCUUAAUUUUUUUAAAUUAAUAUCAUUAUAUCUGCUUUAUAUCUUCUUUGUUUUUUUUCUGAUAUGUUAGAUCAUUCCUCUUUCAGAAUUAUCCACUACAUUUUCAAAAUGAUAUAUAUUUUUGCAAUAUAGGCUUGGUAAACGACAAACCUACGAACCUCACCGUCGCUAACAUCACGUCCAGAAGUGCUGAAAUAUCUUGGCUAGAUCCUGAAAAUCAUGGAAGAUAUGGUCUUUCACGAUUUAAGAUUGAACUGAAGAAAUACUUUGUAAUCAGGAGCUUUUUCACACAAAAAGUAAAUAAAUAUAAAAUUGAUAAACUUACUCCACACACAACAUAUGAAAUAUCCGUAGCUGCUGGAAAUUACCGUGGUUAUAGUGAAGGGACUAUUACAACGUUUUUAACAUCUGAAGAAGGUAAGAUACAUAUGCAUGCACAUCUAAAGACUGCAAGGCUAAUUAUUGCGCAAAAUGUGAAAAAAAUAUUGUCGAUUUUAGGUCACUUUUGAAAACAGGGUUUCCGUGUUUAUUGUGACUGUAUAUUGCGAAUUACGUGCCUAAAAUUUGGAAAAUUGGGGGUGGAACAUGCAAAGCCUACUUUGCGAGUUUGUUGCUGAAGUAUUAAAGUAUUGAAGAAAAGUGCAGAACAUAAACUCACAACUUGCAUGCAGUAUUUUACUGACAUAGCCUAACUAACGAAUUAAAUAUAUUUCUUAAUAAGCUCUAAUUAAUCUGAAAUUUGUCAAAUUCGUUAUUCGUUGGUCAUAGUAGUAAAACACUGAAAGUUGUGAGCUUAUGUUGAGUACCUUAGCAGCUUUAGUUAGUUCAGUUCUUCAAUAUUUUUGUAAGAAACUUGCGGAAGUUGGCUUUGGAAGUUUCUCUCACGUACAAUAAAAUAUUUCCAAUUUUGAAACGUAAUUCAGAAUGUUCACAACAAACGAACAAACGUGAGAACUGCGCUUGGAAAAGUGAUCUGAAAUCGACAAUAAAAAGUGUGGAUGUUGGUUAUAGUCGUGUACAUUGAAGUGUUGCCAGCAGCAAAAUAAUGCAGAAAUUAAACAUGAGUAGAACCUUUUCUUUCACUACUCAGAUUUAAGUAAAUAAAUGUAACCCUCGAAAAGUAGCCUAUCUUUAUCAUUGGAGUGAAUGUAUAAAAGAGUCGCGACAUGGCAUUCGCACACUCAAAAUGCCUUCUUUUAAUAUGAGUUAUUUAAAUCAAAACCUUUAUUUAUACACACUUUAGCUCCUAGUGGUCCUCCACUGGACAUCAAGACCACAUCAAGAAGUACAUCAUUGUCUUUAAUCUGGGACCCUCCACAGGAAACUAAACAAAAUGGCGUCAUUAUCAGUUAUACAGCGUGUGUUUCGCAUUCAGAAAAUGGUCCUUGCUUUCAGAAAUUUGUUACCAGUGAAAGAGAGUGGCUCGUCGGAAAUUUAAAUGCGUCAACAAAGUAUUAUGUUCGUGUUCUUGCAAGUACAAAAGUUGGCCAUGGACAGUACAGUACAAGCAAAGGAUAUUUUACAAAUGGACGUAAGUACAUUAACAAAAAAAUAUCUGUCAAUCGGAUAAAGAUUUUAUUGCUUAGAUGAAUCAUUUGUAUUUGAAUUAAUAUAAAGUAUUUGCUGAUUGGCUGUUCCUGCGUUACAUAUUACGCGAAGACGUGUUUGCGUGUAUUCAACACCAAGGAAGACAACCAAUUUGUUUUUCAAGUGUGGUAAUAUUGUGGCAACGCGAUAACAUCACUACAAUAUCAUUACAAUUUGAAAAACUUACACAUAACCCCAAAUAUUGCAAUACUUUUUUACAUUUUGAUACAUUCACGCUUUCCUAUACAGGAGCAGUAGAGAAGCCCAUAGCUGCAACAUUAAGUACACUUACAUUUUCAUUGGAAAAUCCAUCAACAAAAUUUCUGUAAGUAUAUUUGACUUUUUGAUUGUCUUGUAGAUGAAUACUUAGCAGGAUACAUUAUUUAGCUAGGUUAUGAAGAUGGUAAAUUUAAUUUGACAUAUAGAUAUUUUUACGUGGUGGCUUUGAAAUUAAAAGACGACAAAGAGCCCGCAUCAUCUGACAGUUACGAGAACAAUGAGUUAGUGACGUAUGCUGAGGCAAAACAUUCAACUGAUCCGAAACCUUAUAUCGCUGCAGUAGUUACAUCCAGCGGUGUUGAUGGAAACAUGUUUAUACUUGGAGAUGGCAGCAAUACAAAUGAUACAACUUCACGAAAACGUGGGUCAACUACGAGUGAUUAUUUUAAUGGUCCGUUGGAACCUGGCACUGGUUACAGAAUUUUUCAGAGGAUAGUUAUCAAUGAAAAGGUAUGCUAUUAGGGGCAAUAAACCUUCAGUUCAACCCAGUGGUCUAUAAGUGAGACUGCAUGAUCGUACAUAAGUGAGACUGGAUUGUGCAUAUUGGCCGGAUAUGUUUCCAAUACAUAAAUAAAGCCAAAUAAUGGCAGCCAUAUUUGUGUAACCAGUGCAAAUUAUUUCUGGUGUUGUUGACGUGUUAGGAGAGGACAUACCCUAUUUAGUAAUAAGACGUUAUCUGUACAGCAUAUCGUAUUUCACAUGCAGGUAAAUAAAUAAUAGUCUUCUAACUGUAUAGGGUGAUUAUUACUCUACCGACUGGAGUCCUGCGUCAAAAACAAGUGAAUACCCAGGUAAAUAUCUGCGACGUAUUAUUUACGACGUAUAG